AUGCUGCACCUUCCGGAGCUGCAUGAGAGGCCGGUAGAGGAUUGUGGAGAAGGAAAGUUUAUAACCAGCGGCACCAGGAUGGACUUCCCUGCUGCCCAACCAAAACCUGCUGCCGAUGGUAAAAUCAUCUACUAUCCUCCCGGAGUGAAGGAGAUUACGGACAAAAUUACCAACGAUGAAGUGGUUAAACGGUUAAAGAUGGUGGUAAAAACUUUCAUGGAUAUGGACCAGGACUCAGAGGACGAGAAGCAGCAGUAUCUCCCAUUAGCCUUGCACCUUGCAUCUGAAUUCUUCCUCAGGAAUCCCAAUAAAGAUGUACGCCUCCUUGUAGCAUGUUGCUUGGCUGAUAUCUUCCGUAUCUACGCUCCUGAAGCUCCAUAUACGUCCCAUGACAAACUUAAGGACAUAUUCUUGUUUAUUACAAGACAAUUAAAAGGCUUGGAGGACACGAAGAGCCCUCAAUUUAACAGAUACUUUUACUUGUUAGAGAAUUUAGCUUGGGUUAAAUCUUACAACAUCUGCUUUGAGUUGGAAGAUUGCAAUGAAAUUUUUAUUCAGCUUUUUAGGACUCUUUUUUCAGUUAUCAAUAAUAGCCACAACCAGAAGGUACAAAUGCAUAUGCUGGAUUUGAUGAGUUCUAUCAUCAUGGAAGGCGAUGGAGUAACUCAGGAGCUGCUGGACUCGAUUUUGAUUAACCUCAUUCCUGCACACAAGAACCUUAAUAAACAAGCAUUUGAUCUUGCAAAAGUCCUGUUGAAAAGGACGGUCCAGACCAUUGAACCGUGUAUUGCCAAUUUUUUUAACCAGGUUCUGGUACUGGGAAAGUCUUCAGUAAGUGACUUAUCAGAACAUGUGUUUGACUUGAUACAAGAGCUUUUUGCCAUAGAUCCUCACUUACUGCUGUCUGUCAUGCCACAGCUUGAAUUCAAGUUGAAGAGCAAUGAUGGAGAAGAACGUUUGGCUGUUGUUCGACUUCUGGCUAAACUCUUUGGCUCCAAAGAUUCUGAUCUAGCCACACAGAAUCGUCCUCUUUGGCAGUGCUUUCUUGGGCGGUUCAAUGAUAUCCAUGUCCCUGUGAGAUUAGAGAGCGUGAAAUUUGCCAGUCAUUGUUUAAUGAACCAUCCAGACUUAGCAAAAGACCUCACUGAAUAUUUGAAGGUUAGAUCACACGACCCAGAAGAAGCCAUUCGACAUGAUGUUAUUGUUACAAUUAUUACUGCUGGCAAGAGAGAUCUUUCUUUAGUCAAUGACCAGCUGCUUGGCUUUGUCAGGGAAAGAACACUAGACAAACGGUGGCGAGUAAGAAAAGAAGCUAUGAUGGGUCUUGCCCAGCUAUACAAGAAGUACUGUCUUCAUGCCGAGGCUGGAAAAGAUGCUGCAGAGAAAGUCAGCUGGAUAAAGGAUAAACUUUUGCACAUAUAUUAUCAAAAUAGCAUUGAUGACAAGUUACUGGUAGAGAAAAUCUUUGCUCAGUAUCUCGUUCCACACAAUUUGGAAACAGAAGAGAGGAUGAAGUGCUUGUACUAUUUGUAUGCUAGCUUGGAUCCAAAUGCUGUCAAAGCACUGAAUGAGAUGUGGAAGUGCCAGAACAUGCUAAGGAGUCACGUACGAGAAUUACUAGACUUGCAUAAGCAGCCCACUUCAGAAGCAAACAGUGCUGCCAUGUUUGGAAAGCUGAUGACCAUAGCAAAAAACCUUCCAGAUCCUGGAAAAGCACAAGAUUUUGUGAAGAAAUUCAAUCAGGUUCUAGGUGAUGAUGAGAAGCUUCGGUCCCAGCUUGAACUGUUAAUUAGCCCUACGUGCUCUUGUAAACAGGCAGAUGUCUGUGUGAGAGAGAUAGCCCGGAAACUUGCAAAUCCUAAGCAGCCAACAAAUCCUUUUCUGGAAAUGGUCAAAUUUCUUCUGGAAAGAAUUGCCCCUGUACAUAUUGACUCAGAAGCCAUUAGUGCACUAGUUAAACUAAUGAAUAAAUCCAUAGAGGGGACAGCUGAUGAUGAGGAGGAGGGUGUAAGUCCUGAUACUGCUAUUCGUGCAGGACUUGAACUUCUCAAGGUUCUGUCCUUUACACAUCCUACCUCGUUCCACUCUGCAGAGACCUAUGAGUCUCUGCUGCAGUGCCUCAGGAUGGAAGAUGAUAAGGUAGCUGAGGCAGCCAUACAGAUUUUCAGAAACACGGGUCACAAAAUAGAAACAGAUUUGCCACAGAUAAGAUCAACACUAAUUCCAAUUUUGCAUCAGAAAGCAAAAAGAGGCACUCCUCAUCAGGCAAAGCAAGCUGUUCACUGUAUACAUGCCAUAUUUUCAAAUAAAGAAGUGCAGCUUGCACAGAUCUUUGAGCCUCUUAGUAGAAGUUUGAAUGCUGAUGUACCAGAACAACUUAUAACUCCAUUAGUGUCACUGGGUCAUAUUUCUAUGUUGGCUCCAGACCAAUUUGCUUCUCCAAUGAAAUCUGUUGUUGCAAAUUUCAUUGUGAAAGAUCUCCUAAUGAACGACAGGUCAACAGGUGAGAAAAAUGGAAAAUUGUGGUCUCCAGAUGAAGAAGUUUCUCCAGAAGUACUAGCAAAGGUUCAAGCCAUCAAACUUUUGGUACGGUGGCUGCUGGGUAUGAAGAACAACCAGUCGAAAUCUGCCAACUCCACGCUCCGGUUGUUGUCAGCCAUGCUGGUCAGCGAAGGAGACUUGACAGAACAGAAGCGGAUCAGUAAAUCGGAUAUGUCUCGACUGCGGUUAGCUGCUGGUAGUGCAAUAAUGAAGCUUGCACAGGAACCCUGUUACCAUGAAAUAAUUACCCCAGAACAGUUCCAGCUCUGUGCACUUGUCAUUAAUGAUGAGUGCUACCAAGUGAGGCAGAUAUUUGCCCAGAAACUGCAUAAGGCACUUGUGAAAUUACUGCUCCCUUUGGAAUAUAUGGCAAUCUUUGCUUUGUGUGCCAAAGACCCUGUGAAAGAGAGAAGAGCACAUGCCAGACAGUGCUUGCUCAAAAACAUCAGUAUACGAAGAGAAUAUAUUAAGCAGAAUCCCAUGGCUAAUGAAAAAUUGCUAUCCUUGCUGCCUGAAUAUGUGGUACCAUACAUGAUUCACCUACUGGCACAUGAUCCAGAUUUCACAAAACCUCAGGAUGUUGACCAGCUUCGUGAUGUCAAAGAGUGCCUGUGGUUCAUGCUUGAAGUUUUAAUGACAAAGAAUGAGAACAAUAGCCAUGCCUUCAUGAAAAAGAUGGCUGAAAACAUCAAGCUCACCCGAGAUGCUCAGUCUCCUGAUGAGCCAAAGGCCAAUGAAAAACUUUAUACAGUAUGUGAUGUAGCACUAUGUGUCAUCAACAGCAAAAGUGCUUUGUGCAAUGCAGAUUCACCCAAGGACCCUGUAUUGCCAACCAAGUUUUUCACACAACCCGAAAAGGAUUUCUGCAAUGACAGGAAUUACAUUUCAGAAGAGACAAGGGUUGUUCUUUUGACAGGAAAGCCCAAGCCAACUGGUGUACUAGGUACAGUAAACAAACCACUGUCUGCAACUGGAAGGAGACCGUACAUUAGAACUACAGGAUCAGAGACUGGAAGCAACAUCAGUGUCAACUCUGAGCUGAGCUCUUCUGCAGGAAACAGAUCGAGGGAACAAAGUUCAGAUAUAUCAGAAACUGGGGUCAGUGAAAAUGAUGAAAAUCCUGUGAGGAUUAUUUCAGUCACACCAGCAAAGACAGAACCUGUGAAAAACAAGGAGAUAAAUUCUGAUCAGGCCACACAAGGAAACAGCACUGAACGUGGGAAAAAAAGAACAGCAACAGCGUCUGGAACAGAGAAUAUUCAUCAAAAACCAGAAGAAAAAAGUGUAGAUGAAACAGGACCAUCACUCGCAGCAAAAACCAGGAGAGGGCGUCCAGCCAAACCUGAACCUCAGGGUACCACUGCAAAAAAUGAGGAAACAAACAAACCACCGGUCAGGGGAAGGAAAAGGGCAGCAGUCAGUCAAGAAAGUCCAGGGAGUUUAGAGGCAGGUAAUGCCAAAGCACCAAAACAGCAAGACACAGCAAAAAAGCCAGCAGCAGCACAGAGACAAAUCGAUCUGCAAAGGUAA